AUGGGAACCGGUAUUUUGGCUGGGAUUAAUGCAGCUUCUAAAGUACAGAACAAACCAGCCAUGACCCUUGAUCGGUCAGAAGCUUACAUCGGAGUCAUGGUGGAUGACCUCACCACACUCGGAACCAAUGAACCGUAUCGUAUGUUUACCAGCCGAGCGGAGUUCCGGCUCUACUUGCGGCCCGACAAUGCGGACAUCCGACUAACUGCCAAAGGUUACCACCAAGGCUGCGUCAGUAAGCACAGGUAUGAAAAGAUGAUGCGGAUGCAGACUGCCUUAGACGAGAACAUGGAUUUGCUAAAGACGACCUUUGACUCAGUUUACAACUGGAGGUCAAAGCUACAAAGUGCUCGGGUAGAUGAGAAGAAGGUGCAGAAGAAGAGUGCCUUUUCAAUAUUUUCUGAUACAACAAUUUCCCCAGAGGAAUUUGUGAAAGCAUUCCCCAAGGAGUUUGGUCACCUGAUUGGUCAGUCAGCCAUUCUACAAAGAUUGUCCAUUGAAGUGCGGUAUUCUGUAGAAUUGGAGAGUCAAAUGGAGGAUAUUGAAGAAGUCCGCAGAGAAGAGAUGUUAGAACUACCCGAGGACCUUGAUUAUUACAGUGUCAACAUUGCAAAUGAGGCCCGGAACAAAUUAAUAGAGGCAAGACCAGCCACGAUUGCUUCUGCCAGCCGAAUCCCCGGUGUGACCCCUGCAGCGUUGAUCCUGUUGUUGCGACAUGUAAAGAAGCAGAGAAAGGCACAAGAACACAAAACAGCUCGGACAGGAAGCAGUACCACCCACGGCAAGUCUAUAACUGUUUGAUGGUCGUAAGUGUCUGUAAUAUUACAUGAACACCCGACACAAUGAUCUCUACUAAAUCCAUCAGCUUUUGAGAUUACUUUAAAACAUGAUAGGAUGGAGCAUUCCGUGUGUGAUGGCAGUGUGAACAGAACAUAAUAAUUUUGUGCCUUACUACAAUAGCAUGUAGUAAUAAAAGAGAAAAUUUGUAUGUAUAUCUUUA